AUGCAGCUUAGAAAGCGGAUAAAGGCAGCGAAUGCGAGAGAUGCUGAGGAGAAAGAUGCGGAGAUGGAGAUUAAGCUGUGGAGAGGCGUGGUGCGGCGCGGCGACACGGUGGUGGACGCGACGUGCGGCAACGGGCACGACACCAUGGCCAUGGCUGCCCUCGCCCUCGCCCCCGCGCCACCCAGCGAUGGCGAUGCAGGGGGCGCAGGGGAGGAGGUGAGGGGGCGAGUGGUGGCGAUGGACAUACAGGAGGAGGCAGUCAGCAGAACCCAUCGCCUGCUGGCAGCUGGCCUGUCAGAGGUGCAGAUGGCUCACGUGCACACGGUGUGCGCCUGCCACUCCACACUGCUCCAACAUGUCGCCCCUGGCUCUGCACGUCUGGUGGCGUUCAACCUUGGCUACCUGCCUCGGGCCCACCACGCUCCUCCCACCACCGCUCCCUCUCCUGCCGCCGCCCCUGAGGGCAUCACGACGCAGCCGCGCAGCACGGUGGCAGCGCUGCAGGCAGCCGUGGCAGCCACAGCUGUGGGCGGCGUGGUCAGUGUCAUGGCCUAUGUGGGCCACGCAGGGGGCAGGGAGGAGUAUGACGCUGUUGUGGAGGUGGCAGCGUCUCUGCCUGCUGACUCUUGGCCCGAUUCCUCUCUUGCUUUCUCGUCUGCACUAAUUCAUGGCGCCAUCAGCACCAGAAAGGGCGGGCUGUCGGGAAUCGAACCCAUCGCAAGCGCUGCCGAAUCUCCUCUUGUCUCACCGAACACAUCGCUCUCGUUCGACGCGAUCCGCAUCGUCUCCCCCCCAACUGUGCCAAUCUUCCCCCCUCUCUCCCUCCUGUUCUCUCUUUCCCUGCCUCACCCUGCCUGUCAAUCCGGUUCCUCCUCCACACCCUGCCCCUGCAGCUUCAACGUGUAUGUGUGUGCUGCGGCAGAGCACUGUCACGUACUGGUGUCCCAAGCUGAGGAGAGGAGAGAAGCCAAAGGCAGUGAUGAUAACACGGCUGCUACUGACUUAGUAUUUGAAGUAGAGGUUUCUAGUAAUUAA